AUGGUCCCGCUCAUGCUCGUCGACGCCGUGCCCGCCAUGGCCAUGCUCUCCGUCUCCUCGCACUCGUCGCCCCCGCCCUCGCCGUCGUUCCCGAUCCCGACCAAACCGACCACCUGGAUCCCGGCGCCCCUCGACGACAGAGAAUACGAACUCACCAUGCGCCAAGAACCGAAGCAGGCCCGCAUGUGCGGCGUCGGUGUCACCGCCGAUCGACGACCCAUCGACCCGCCCCCGAUCGUGCAACUGCGCGUCAUCGACCGCGCGACCCGCCGACCCCACUCGCCACCGUACCUUCCGCCUAGCGUCCACGAGCGCCAACAGCAACAACAGCAACAGCAAGCCGCGUCCUCGUCCUCGUCCGGCGCGGGGCCGUCGCACGACCCGGACCCCGACACGGGCCGGGAAUCGCUCACAUACGCCCACAGCUUCCUCCAGAACCCAUACUACUUCAUGUUCGCCAGCCUCGCCAAGCCCGACGACGACACCGAACUGCACUGGCUCAAGGACGGCAAGACCUGCGUCACCACCGGCUCCGUCGUCUCUUCUCUCUACCACCUUAAAGACACCGAGAACGGGAACCAGGACGCCGGCUUCUUCGUUUUCCCCGACCUCUCCGUCCGGACCGAGGGCUCGUACCGGCUCAAGCUCUCGUUAUUCGAGGUCGUCGGAUCCAACGUCCACCACUGCAAGUCCAUAUUCUCGGCGCCGUUCUACGUGUACACGGCCAAAAAGUUUCCGGGAAUGGAAGAAUCCACCACGCUCUCGUGCUCCCUCGCCGACCAAGGUAUCAAAAUCCGGAUCCGGAAGGAUAUCCGUAUCCGCAAGCGCCCGGGCCAAGGCACCGGCACCGACCAGCAGAUGCAGAUGCAGCCGCCGCUCCCGUUGCCCAUCCCCGCCGGCGGUACGGCGCCGCAGCCUCUGCCCGCACCCGUGCCCGCGGAAGAGCUCGAGGGCGACGUCGACGAUGCCCGGAGAGGCCGCCGGGUCCAGAGCGGGUCUAGCAGGCGCAAGCGCGACGCGAAGCGGACGAGGCUCGACGAUCCCGACAGCGACGAACCGUCUUCGCCUAUCCAGGCGCCGCGAUCGCCUACUACGUCGCCCCAGCACGGUGGCGGUAGUGCCGGACCGCCUGCGCCGCUUACGCCGCCGGGCGGGGGCAACACGGUGACUCAGACGUCGCCGACCGCGGAAGGAGCCAGCGGGAGCAGCAACUCGGCAACCAGUCGUCCGCCGUAUCCGUACCCGCCCGCCCCGGGCCCGUACCCCGGCGCACCGCCCAUGCACGCUCAGAACCCGCUCGUGCACCACUACCCCGGGCCGCCGCCUACCGUCGGCGUCGCGCUCACGUCUGCGCCAGGCCCGUACGCCGCCGCACCCUCGCCGUACCCGCCCCCGCCGCCGGGUGGGUGGGGCGCGCCGCCGAGCGUACCCGGGUACCCGUAUUGGUACCAGUACCCGCACGCGCCGCCGCCGCCGCCGAUGACGCAUCGCGGCUCGGAGCCGUACCCGCCGCACCCGCCGCACCACUACGCGGGGUACCCGUACCCGCCCCCGCCGCAGCCCUACCCGCCGUACUACGAGCAACACCCGGCGUACGGGCACGGACCGCCGCCCGGCCAGGGCGGGGGACAUUCCGGCCAAGGAUACGAGCCUGGUCCUGGUCCCGGCCAGCAGCCGUCCCAGCAGCAGCCGCAACCGCAGACGUCGACGUCGACCUCCCCGCCGUCGUCGUCGUCGUCGUCGUCGCAGGCCCAGCAGUCGUACGGGCAGCAGAUCCCGCCGCCGUUUCCGUACGCCGCGCCGGGCAACGGCGGGAACGGGCACCCGUACCCGGCGUAUUCGCAGAGCCCGCCGAUACACCCGUCGUACCAGCAUUACGGGCCGUACCCGCCGCCGCCGUACGCGCAGCCUUUGCCGCCGCCGCAUCCGCCGACGGAGGGAGGGCAGUGGACCGCGCCGCCGCCGCCGCCCCAUGGUCAGCAGCAGCAGCAGUCUAAUCCGACGUCGGAGCAGGGGCAGUCGCAAGGACAGGGGCCAGGGCAGCAGGCGCCGAUGCACCACGGCUAUGGAUCGUGGGGGAGCGCGCACGGGCCGGGCACGAACGCGCAGGGCGUCGGCUCGGGUGCGGGCGCGGGGAACGCGCGGGGAGGGAUGCCCGGUGGCGCGGCGUCGGAGUACGACGGGGCGCGGAUCCAGCUCGCGCCGCUCCGGACGACGAUGAGCGUCGACCCGGCGAUCGGCAUGCGCGAGGGCGAGUCGAGCGGUCCGCCGACGCCGUUUUCGACGCCGCCGCCGGUGGCGGGGUCGGCGCCGCCUCCUCCGGCGUUGUCGCGGGAAAGCAGGAUGGAGGGGGGGAGGAGGCGGAGUCGGUCGAGGGAGGAGGAGAAGGGGAGGGGGCAGGGGCAGGGGCAGGGGAGGGGGUAUGAGGAAGGACAGAGGAGGAGGGCGAGUCCGGGUGCGGAGGGGCGCGGGGGGAGGGCGAUGUCGAUCAGGAGCAUCAUCUCGGAUCAGCCGCCGCGGUAG